CCCCUUUAAUCCAUCGCAUUUCCUUGGCAACCGCAGGAAAAUGGCGGAAGUCGUUAUGUUACCCAGACGCUAUGCAAGGAAGGAUUAAGAUGGCGAAAAAGAAAUGAGAAAAAGCAAGUUUGUUAAUCAUAAACAGCAAUCCUCUAUAUUUCCAGUUUAAAAUACAUCGUUUGCAUUUUAUUUAGUGCAGAAAGGCAAGCUGCCAUGGCAGACCUAGAGGAUGGUAGUUCGAUGCUGGCUUUGAUUAAUUAUUACUGCCAGGAGAAGUACUUUAAUCGUGUGAUUAGCAUUGCAAAUGAGGCGCAAAAAAAAUUUGGCAGUGACCCGAUCUUCACCUUUUACCGUGCUUACGGAAUUCUCAUGCAAGACAGAGUACAGGAAGCCAUUCAUGAGUUGGAGUCCAUUAAAGAAAAGAGAGAUGUGUCGCUGUGCGUCUUGAUGUCACUGGUUUUUGCGGAGAAGAAAAGCCAAAAUCCAGACCGUGAGACAAUUCAGGAGCUGGAUGCCAAGGUGAAGGAUGACCGGAAGACUGCGGGCCCAAAGGGGCUGUACUACGCCGGUCUGUUCCUCUGGCACCUCGGCCGUAACGACAAGGCCAGGGAGUACAUCGAGAGGAUGAUCAAAAUCUCCAACGGUGCCAAAGAGGGACUGAUUCUGAAAGGGUGGAUUGAUCUGACAUCUAAUAAGGAUGGUUGUGCCAAAAAAGCUGGGAAGUAUUUUGAUGAAGGACUUAAGGAAAGCCCUGAUGUGUUUGCCCUCAUGGGGAAGGCGCAGUACUACGAAUUUCGCCAGAACUACUCCGGAGCCCUUGAGAUUAUCAACCAGGUCAUCGUGAGCUUCCCACACUACCUCCCUGCAUUUAUUAAGAAGAUGAAGCUGCUGCUGACCCUACAGGACUGGGAGCAGACUGUUGAUGCAGCACAGAGAUUGUUGCAGAAAGACAAGAAUAAUCUGGAAGCCCUGAGGAUUCUUGCUCUUCACUGCUUGUGCCGAGAGGGAGACAUAAGUGAGUCCCUGAACAAGCUCACAAACCUUAUCAGCAACCUGGAAAUCCAAGAGCCCCAGAACCAUGACCUCUUCUACAGGAUGUCUCUAGCCUUUACUAGGACGUGUGGGAGACAUGAGAAGGUCCUCCAGCAAACCCAUGGCCUGGUUGAGAAGGCCUUCUCCAUUGCCUCCAGUGAUGCUGAGCUAGCUACAGAGCUGGGCUAUCAGCUGGUCCUGCUGGGAAGAAUCAAGGAAGCGACCAAGUGGUAUAAGACAGCCAUGACUCUUGAUGAAACCAGUGUCACUGCAUUAACAGGUAUCAUCAGGUGUCAGCUUGUUGAAGGCCACCUGGAAGAUGCAGAACAGCAGCUAGAGUUCCUCACUGAAAUCCAGCAGUCCAUUGGGAAAUCGGGGGAGCUGCUGUAUCUGCGCGCCGUUCUGGCGGCUAAGAAGCGCAGGCCUGCGGAGGAGGUGACCGGCCUGCUGAACGAGGCCGUGGAGACUCACUUCUCCGGCCUGCACGGGCUGCCGCUGGGGGUGGAGUACUUGGAGAAACUCAAUCCCGACUUCUUGCUCGAGAUCGUUAAGGAGUACCUUGCUCUUUGCCUCACAAAGGGCCAGUCCUCCUCUCCGCAGCUCCAACACAGCACCUCAGUCCUGGAGACCGUGGUGAAAUCUGUCCCAGGACUUCUGCAGGCUGUUUACCUUAUGGCCAAGGUCAAGUUCCAAUCAGGUGAAGUUGACUCUGCUCAAAGAAGCUUGCAGCGCUGUCUGGACCAGAACCCCUCUUAUGCUGAAGCCCACCUCCUUAUGGCCCAGAUCUACCUCCUGCAAAGCAACUUCAAGCACGCCUCCCAAUCCCUGGAGCUCUGCCUCAGCUACAACUUCGAGGUGCGGGAACAUCCUCUGUACCACCUAAUCAAAGCCCAGACGCAGAAGAAAAUGGGGGAGCUCCAGGAGGCCAUCCAGACUCUGCAGAUGGCCUUGAGUCUGCCGGGGGUGCGGAGGACCGGGAGCUCGGCCAAGCUGAAGGGCAAGUGGGUGGAGCUGAGCUCCGCCGACUGUGUGUCCCUCUACCUGGAGCUCGCCGAGGCCCACUGGCUCAAUGGGGAGCAGCAUGAAGCCACCAAGAUAAUGCAGGACGCCAUCAAUGAGUUUACUGGCACCGGGGAGGAGCUGAGGGUCACCAUUGCCAACGCUGACCUGGCUCUGCUGCGGGGGGACUCUGAGCUAGCACUGAGCAUGCUCCGAAACGUCACCCCUGAACAGCCCUACUUCAUCCAGGCUAAAGAAAAGAUGGCGGACAUCUACCUGAGACACAGGAAGGAGAAGCGCCUCUAUGCCAGCUGCUACCGGGAAUUGGUGGAGAAGCUUCCAGGUCCUCAUACACACCUUCUACUGGGAGACGCCUAUAUGAAAAUCCAAGAGCCUGAAAAAGCGAUUGAGAUCUACGAGCAGGCUUUGAAAAAGAAUCCAAAAGAUGGUGCGCUGGCAAGCAAGAUCGGUAAAGCCCUCGUGAAGACCCACAAUUACAUUAAGGCGAUAAAUUAUUAUGAAGCUGCCCUGAAGAGCGGUCAGCAGAACUUCUUGCGUUAUGACCUGGCAGAGCUGCUGCUGAAGUUGCGACAGUAUGAACGUUGCGAGAGGGUCUUGCACGAGGCCUUGAGCCACGACCCAGUGAAUGACCUGCCGUCUCUGUCAGAAGACUGCCGCUAUCUGGUGCUGCUGGCCAAGAUCCAGGGUAAAACCGACAAGAACGAUGAUGCUUUGCUGUCCUUACAAAGGGCCCGUGACGUGCAGGCCAGGGUGCUGAAGCGGGUUCAGCUGGAGCAACCGGAUGCUGUUGCGGUGCAGAAACAGCUUGCGGCCGAGAUCUGCUCUGAAAUCGCUAAGCACUACACGUGCCAGAAGGACUACGAGAAAGCCAUUAAAUUCUACAAGGAGGCGCUUGUUUACUGCGAGAGCGACGGCAAGGUGAUGUUGGAGCUGGCACGGCUGUACCUGUCCCAGGACGACGUCGAUGCGUGUCAGCAGCAGUGCGGCGCCUUGCUGAAGAGUGACCAGGUCAACGAGGCAGCGACCCUGAUGAUGGCAGAUCUGAUGUUCAGGAAGCAGGACUACGAGCAGGCCGUCUUGCACUUCCAGCAGCUGCUGGAGCACAAACCAGAUAACUACCCGACUCUUUCACGUUUGAUCGACCUUCUGAGGAGAGCAGGGAAGCUGGAGGAGGUCCCCAGAUUCUUGGAGAUGGCUGAGAAGCAUUCAUCGAGGGCUAAAUUCGACCCUGGAUUUAACUACUGCAAAGGACUUUAUUUAUGGUACACGGGCGAACCUAACGAUGGGUUACGGCAUUUCAACAAAGCGAGGAAAGACAACGACUGGGGUCAGAACGCUGUCUACAACAUGAUCGAGAUCUGCCUUAACCCAGACAAUGACACCAUGGGCGGGGAGGUGUUCGAGAACCUCGAUGGUGACAUGGGUAACUCCACGGAGAAGCAGGAGUCAGAGCAGCUGGCCGUGAGGACCGCGGAGAAGCUCCUGAGGGAGCUGAAGCCGCAGACUCCGGACGGACACGUCCAGCUGCGGAUCAUGGAGAACUACUGCUUCCUGGCCACCAAGCAGAAAGCCAGCAUUGAGAAGGCCCUCAGUGUGUUCACAGAGAUCGUAAACAAUGAGAAGGAUCACGUCCCAGCCCUGCUGGGAAUGGCCACAGCCUAUAUGAUCCUGAAGCAGACGCCACGUGCGAGGAACCAGCUGAAGCGCAUCGCCAAGAUGAACUGGAACGCCAUCGACGCCGACGAGUUCGAAAAGAGCUGGCUGCUGCUGGCAGACAUCUACAUCCAGUCCGGGAAGUACGACAUGGCGGCCGACCUGCUGAAACGCUGUCUACAUCACAAUAAGUCCUGCUGUAAAGCAUAUGAGUAUAUGGGUUACAUAAUGGAGAAGGAACAGGCUUAUCGAGAUGCAGCAGUGAACUAUGAGAUGGCCUGGAAGUACGGCAACCAAAGCAACCCUACCAUUGGAUACAAGCUUGCAUUCAACUACCUGAAAGGCAAAAGAUACGUUGAUGCCAUUGAUGUGUGCCAUAAGGUGUUGGAUGCCCAUCCAAAUUAUCCGAAGAUGAGGAAAGACAUUCUAGACAAGGCCCGGGCCGUCUUGAGGGCCUAAAAGUGGAUUUAGCGUUAAGUCCGGGAGUUUCCCUGAUGUGAUUUAUUCAGUUCGAAUCUCCUGAGUGUGCUUAAGAGUGUUUGCAUAGAAAACAGUUUUUCUGCACGUGAAGAAUAUUUAAGGUAUAAAAUUCAUAUGUCCUGUACAUAUUUUAAGAGACUGUGUGUUUGACCUGUGACGCACGCUUCCCAGAGCACUGUGGAUUUUUCUGAGAAGCCCUGAUUGAAAAUGGAUGAUUUGGAAGACAUUUUGAAAGGAUGGGAUGAGAUGAUAACUUUUAUUUGUAAAUAUGUCGUAACUCAAAUAUUUUCAUUAUAUAUAUUUUUGUGUAUUUCUCAGUUAAACGGUAUAAAAUACUUUUGAGCUGUUAAAUGUUUUGUCCCUGAAAUCUGGAAUUAAAAUGAAGUUUGUGUUG